AGCUUCUGGCUCAAGCGGGGAAAAUGCAUUCCUCCGAGAAUUCGGAUCGCCACGCUUUAGGCGAGACGAUUCAGGUUGGCACGGAGCGGUGAGCGGGACGUCCGGCUUUGAUGUCAGGAUGCACUAGCCAGGUCAAGAUUUGUGAACCUGGCGGAGGAGGUAUCAUUCUACCACUCUUGGGCGAGGCAGAGCAGGAAUGGCGGAAAGGCCUGCGUGCCGUUCUUUACCUCCUGGGCCUCUUGUGGCUCUUCUUGGCCGUGGCCACGGUGUCUGACAUCUUUAUGAGUGCCAUUGAGGAAAUCACCUCCAAGAAGAAGAGAGUUUGGAAUUCCACCAGCGAGCGGUAUUUCACCGUCAAGGUUUGGAACGACACGGUGGCCAAUCUCACGCUCAUGGCGCUCGGCUCCAGCGCCCCCGAGAUCCUUCUCAGUGUCAUCGAGCUUCUGGGCAACGGAUUCUUCAGCGGAGACUUGGGGCCCUCCACCAUCGUAGGUAGUGCCGCCUUUAACCUCUUCUGCAUCUCGGCUGUUUGUGUGAUGGCGAUCCCGGACAAUGAGAUCCGAAAGAUCAAAGACGUGAAUGUGUACAUUGUGACGGCGGUGAUUUCUUUGCUGGCCUAUCUUUGGUUGUACGUGGUGGUGUCUGUGAUUUCCGAGGAUAUUGUGGAGAUUUUCGAAGGCAUUCUGACCUUCUUUUUCUUCCCGCUCCUAGUGGGUCUGGCCUUCGCGGCCGACAAGGGUUACCUUGCCUUCAUCAGGAGCGAGGUUAGCCCUCAGCACAAGGCGAAGUUUGUACUCACCGAUGAAGACGUCGCCAGACUGGGCAAGGAUAAUGGCUGGCAGAUCUCCGACGAAGAGCUCAACCAGUAUCUUACCUCCUCUCAGAGGAUGUCUAAGGCAGCUUACCGCAAGAGGGCCCUCGGCCGACUGCUCCAUGGAAAGCAUGAAGUUCCAGCUGCGGGUCACAGGAAUAACUUCUCUGCGGUGGUCCCCUCGGAGGGAGUUCAGCUCCCAGCUCCGCCAGGUCCAGUGGCGCCUCCGCCGCCCCAGUCGUUGAUCUUGUUCGGCAGCGAGAACUUCGUGGUGCUGGAGAGCGUGGGACUCAUUCGCCUACCGAUAUGCCGCACGGGCAACCUGUCCUUGACCGUCAUGGUGGACUACGAGUGCCGCGAGGGCCUCGCCAAGGCGAAGGACGACUACGAGGCUGUGCAGGGCACUCUCGUGUUCCUUCCGGACGAGGUGGAGAAAAUCAUCGAGGUGAAGAUCAUGCAGGAUGAGAUGCCCGAGGAUAACGAGGACUUCUAUGUGGACCUGUCCAACCCGCGCUGCAAGGAUGGGGGCUUUGCGUCAUUGGGGCCCAUCGCCACUGCGAGGGUGAUUAUCGUGGACACAGAUAUUCCCAGCGUUAUCUACACCGACGAGGACUGCAUCAAUGUCCCCGAGGCCUCCGGGGAGAAGCAGGUGCCGAUCACCGUGAGGCGCAAGGAUGGCUGCGGUGCCUGUUCCUGUAAGUUCACCACCGAGGAUGGCAGUGCCAUAGAAGGCCGAGACUACGCCAAGGCGGAGGGCGAGAUUUUCUUCGAGCAACAGCAGCUCACAGCUGAGCUGGUGGUGACGAUUUUGGCGACCUGUGCCUAUGAUGACAACCAGGAGUUUCGCGUCAUCCUCUCGGAGCCCACACACGGGGCCACCUUCGAUGCCAACACGGACGGCGGAGCAGAGAGCUGCAUCGUCACUGUGAUGAUUGUGCCAAAUCAGGUGUCCAAGGACAUCGCCUCCCGCACCAUGCGGGCCCUUGGGGUGAAUUGGCAGAAGACGCAGAGAGGCAAUGAGAACUGGAAGGAGCAGUUCAGCAAUGCUUUGCUGGUGAACGGAGGGGAUGACGAGGCGGGCCCAGCCUCUGGCAUCCAGUGGUGCUUGCACAUCUUGACGCUGCCCUGGAAGCUUUUCUUCGCCAUCAUCCCCCCAGUGGAUUACUGCGGCGGAUGGCUCUGCUUCUUCAUUUCCUUGGUCUUUAUCGGCAUGGUCACUGCUCUUGUCAGUGAUUUAGCCGGCCUGGUGGGUUGCGUGCUCGACAUGCCGGACUUUGUGACCGCCAUCACACUGGUGGCACUUGGCACUUCCUUGCCGGACACCUUCGCUUCCAAAGCUGCUGCUGAGCAGGACCCCUUUGCGGAUGCCUCCAUUGGCAAUGUCACGGGCAGCAACUCAGUGAAUGUGUUCUUGGGCCUUGGGCUGCCGUGGGCCAUCGGCUCCAUCUACUGGGCAGUGAUGGGCAGGACGGAGGAGUGGCAGGCGAAAUACGCUGGCCAGGCCAAGUUUGAGAGCUGGGAUGUGGGCGAUGGCAAGUUCAUCGUCAUAGGCGGCGACCUGGGCUACAGCGUAGUGAUUUUUAGCUCGGGCGCCUUCAUUACCGUUUUCUUGCUCUUUCUCCGGCGCAAGGCCUUUGGCGGCGAGCUUGGAGGGCCCCGCAUCUUCAAGCAGGUCACAGCGGUGGCUUUGGUGAUGGUGUGGGUAGUGUACGUUGCGCUUUCUUCUGCGAAAUCUUUGGAGUCAGCUUCAGCUGCCAACUGCCGGUAGAGGCAAGCCCCAGCUAAAAAUAGCUUAAAGGCCAGGCGCUUGCUAAAGGCAGCCCCUAGGACCUAGAGAUGAGCCUGACAGGGUCACCCCUGCGACCUCGACUCGAACUUGCCCGCAAGUAGGAGCCAAACUUGUAGCAGCCAGUGCUGGCAGUUGCAAGUGCGUGCACGCGCAGUGUUUCAAUACAUGAUCAUUGAUUUUGAUAGCUAAUUCUGUGGCGGCACACGGAAAUGCGUGUGCCCUGCAUGAGAAUAGAAGAGCAGCAGCAAGCAAUGAU